AUGACAAAUUUAGUGAUUGGUUGUUGUCGAACUCCAGCUACAUCAUCUCGUUAUUGUACACUACACGAUAGCAGAACAACAACUGAAACCUUGCAUCAAUCUGAAACACGUAUUCGUAGGAAAAACUUCCCGAGAAAAAAAUUCCAUCAACAUUAUAACAACUCAAAUAAAAAUGAUAAUCAUUUGAACGCAACUAGUUGUCGUACCUUGAAAGCUCGAUCUGAUGAAUACACAAAAGCUUGUACCAGAUCAUUUGGUAUAAUUGCAAUUGUAACCAACUGUCGCAUAAUUACGUCAUUCAGUGAGUUAUACAGAUCCGAAACAUUGAGAGAAAUUAUUAAUCUGUUCGCUGUUACUAUACGUGUUGCUGGUAAAUUAGCACCAACAGUAGUUUAUGAUGAUGGAUGUCAUCUAGUGAAAUACGUCAAAAAUCAUAUUGGCAGAGAUCUUGCGAAGACUUCUGAAAUGGAACUUCUUGCUUCAACUCCGAUCAGCGUCGAUCGUAGUCAUUUUCGCAAUCAUGUUGGAGACUUUUGCCGUAAAAAUAUGAAUCCAGACAAGAAUCCAUUAUUGAAUGAUGUGAAUACGCAAGCAGCCGAACAAACCUUCUCGUGGUUAAAGCAAUAUGCUAGCAUUAUGAGUAACAUGGGUUAUCUACGUGCUCCACUAUUCAUGCUUACCUUAUUUAAUUUAAAAAAUUUAUCAACUAUCCAAAAAUCACCAUCUUCCGUAUUUGAUGUUGCUUAUGUCUGUCCCGAAGUCGAUCUUGUUUCAUUAUGCCAUCUUGAACACACACAGCGAUCGUCUACAACAGCCCAAGACAAACCACUCGAUGCAGAACCUAUCCCAACUUGUACGUCAAAUCCUAAAACCGAUGAUAUGCCCAAGGGAACUACAGAUUUGGAUGCCAAACUAUUCUCCAUUUUGAAUAAAAAUAACACUGCCUGA